GCCCAUUUCUUCGAGAUAACGCAACAGGGUUCGGGCCGGUCAAGCCUGAAAGUGACAGAACGUAAAAGUAGUUGUACAGAGUACAAUGAGCAGCAACCACAGCGGGGUUCUGUAUCCGUUGCGAAAAUCCGCCGCUGGAUCGGCCGAUCGCAACAAAGGUCCGAUCUUGUCCGUCGUUGGGCCACUACUCGAUGAUCUGUACGGCUCUCGACCGCUUUCACGCAAGAACCUCCGGAUCCUCGAGCUGGCCUCUGGCGAGGGACGCCAGGUAGCCCACAUCGCCUCGAAGCUGCCCACGUAUGACUUCCACCCGAGCGAAGCGGACGAGGCGUCGUGCGCGCAGAUCGACGACGUCGUUGCCUCUACGACACCGCCGCUGGCCAACGUCCAGAAGGCGAAGUUGCUGAGGAUUGAAGAGCCGGACGACUGGCGCAUAGCAACGAGGCAGAGACCCGUCGAUGCCGUCUUUGCAUUUAAUCUGGUCCACAUUGCUCCAUGGGAGGUGACGCAAUGCCUCUUCGAGAUGGUCGCCAACCCCGAGGUCCUCGCUGACGAUGGCAUCGCAGCUCUGUACGGCGCAUGGAACGAACGGGGCCAAUUCACAAGCGAUGGCAACAGGGAGUUUGACGCCGUGCUCAAGGGGCGAGACGCUCGCUUUGGCUUGCGUGACGUGGAUUCAGAGCUUGUUCCUCUGGCAAAGAAGCACGGCUUCCUUCUUACGCAGAGAACAGAGAUGCCGGCCGGAAAUCUUUUCCUCGUCUUCCGCAAACAGCAGCUGCCAUAGAGCACGAUAUGACAAGAAACUCUCUUCCAUUUGUACGAUAACAAUACAUUGUAAUUUGUAACUUCU